CUUUUCUCUCUCUACACAAUACGUCGUUCUUAGAGGAGAGAGAGAGAGAGAAAAAAAGGUUGUAGCUUUUUUUACUUACGGUUCACACACACACAUUCGAGGCUUAAUUCUGUGGAAUAAAAACCCUAGUGAAGAAAAAUACCCCCAAAUCUGUUCCCAAGAUGUCUCAUUUUGCUUGAGGGGCUGAAAGAUUUGGGCUUUUAGCGUCCCUUCUGCUUCGAUUUCACCGUCAUGCCACUGCGUAGUAAGCUCAUUUCGGUCAAGUAGGUGGGAGAAGAAGCCAUGGAAGGGGAUGAGCGAGGAGUAUUGCUAGCUUGUGUAAUUUCGGGUACCCUUUUCACGGUUUUCGGUUCGGGUUCGUUUUGGAUACUCUGGGCAGUUAAUUGGCGGCCAUGGCGGCUCUACAGCUGGAUCUUUGCUAGGAAAUGGCCAAAACUAUUGCAAGGUCCUCAGCUUGAUGCACUAUGUGGUAUUCUAUCUCUUGUUGCUUGGGUUGUGGUAGUCUCCCCUAUUGCAAUCUUGAUUGCUUGGGGUUGUUGGCUGAUUGUUAUAUUGGAUCGAGACAUCAUUGGACUUGCAAUAAUAAUGGCUGGAACAGCGCUUUUACUGGCAUUCUACUCAAUCAUGCUUUGGUGGAGAACACAGUGGCAAAGCUCAAGAGCUGUUGCUUUACUUCUCCUUCUGGGUGUUGCCUUACUCUGUGCGUAUGAACUUUGUGCUGUCUAUGUUACCGCUGGUGCGCAUGCAUCUCAGCAAUAUUCUCCUUCUGGUUUCUUUUUCGGUGUAUCAGCAAUCGCCCUGGCAAUUAACAUGCUCUUUAUCUGCCGCAUGGUCUUUAAUGGAAACGGGUUAGAUGUGGACGAAUAUGUAAGAAGGGCGUACAAAUUUGCUUAUUCAGAUUGUAUAGAGAUAUGCCCCGUGGCUUGUUUGCCAGAACCGCCUGAUCCCAAUGAAUUAUAUCCCAGGCAAACCAGCAGGGCUUCACAUCUCGGCCUCCUGUACCUUGGAUCACUCAUUGUUCUCCUCGCCUACUCGGUCCUAUAUGGUCUCACAGCUAGGGAAUCACGUUGGCUCGGAGGCAUUACAUCAGCUGCAGUUAUUGUUCUUGAUUGGAAUAUUGGGGCAUGCUUGUAUGGGUCUAAGCUUCUCCAAAAUCGUGUUCUGGCACUUUUUGUUGCUGGCACAUCUCGUAUUUUCCUAAUAGGCUUUGGCAUACACUACUGGUACCUAGGGCAUUGUAUUAGUUACAUUUUUGUUGCAUCGGUUCUAUCAGGUGCUGCUGUUUCCCGUCAUCUAUCUAUAACAGACCCAUCAGCUGCUAGAAGAGAUGCCUUGCAGAGCACAGUGAUCCGCUUGAGAGAAGGUUUCCGAAGAAAAGAGCAGAAUAGUUCAUCAAGUUCUUCAGAUGGUUGUGGCUCAAGUAUUAAAAGAAGUAGUAGUAUCGACGCAGGUCAUGCUGGAUGUACUAACGAAGCCAAUCGUACGACAGAAUCGUGCACGACUGACAAUCUAACUCGAACAGGCAGCUCUCAAGAGUGUAUUAACAGUGACAAAAGCGUAGAAAGUGGAAGACCAAGCUUAGGUUUACGUAGUAGCUCAUGUCGUUCUGUUGUCCAAGAGCCUGAAGCAGGAACUUCUUAUUUUCUGGAUAAAGUUUCUGAUCAGAAUAACACUCUGGUCGUAUGUUCAAGCAGUGGUCUUGACAGUCAAGGUUAUGAGUCUAGCGCAUCAAAUUCUGCAAACCAGCAGAUUUUGGAUUUGAAUUUGGCUCUUGCUUUUCAGGAACAGUUAAACGAUCCUAGGAUAGCCUCAAUGCUUAAAAAGAAAGCAAAAGAAGGUGAUCUUGAACUGACUAAUUUGCUGCAAGACAAGGGGCUGGACCCUAACUUUGCUGUGAUGUUGAAGGAGAAAAACUUGGAUCCAACCAUAUUGGCAUUACUUCAGAGGAGUAGUUUGGAUGCAGAUAGAGAUCACCGCGACAACACCGAUAUUACCAUCAUUGACUCAAACAGCGUUGACAAUACUCUGCCAAAUCAGAUUUCUCUUUCGGAAGAAUUGAGGCUUCGGGGGCUCGAGAAGUGGCUUAAGCUGUCGAGACUUGUUCUGCACCAUCUAGCGGGGACACCAGAGAGAGCAUGGGGCCUCUUCAGCCUUGUUUUUAUUCUUGAAACAAUCAUUGUGGCCAUUUUUCGUCCGAAGACCAUAACAAUUAUAAAUUCUAGUCAUCAACAGUUCGAAUUUGGUUUCUCCGUGCUCCUGUUGUCACCUGUUGUCUGUUCAAUAAUGGCUUUUCUUCGGUCGCUUCAAGUUGAGGAAAUGGCAUUGACAUCAAAAUCUCGCAAGUACGGCUUUGUUGCCUGGUUGCUGAGCACAUCAGUUGGAUUAUCACUCUCUUUCUUGAGUAAAUCGUCAGUACUUUUGGGAAUAUCCUUGACCGUGCCUCUCAUGGCAGCAUGCCUUUCUAUUGCUGUUCCCAUAUGGGUGCAUAAUGGGUAUCAAUUUUGGAUUCCUCAGUUAUCAUGUGGGGAUCAGGCAAGAGAUUCACGAUCUCCUAGGAUGAAGGGCUUUAUUCUUUGGAUUUGUGUUGUGGUGUUUGCGGGAUCUGUAAUUGCUCUUGGUGCAAUUAUAUCUGCUAAACCUUUGGAUGAUUUGAAGUACAGGGUUUUUAGUGCCAGAAAAAAUAACUUCACUUCACCAUAUACAUCUUCUGUGUACCUUGGUUGGGCGAUGGCAUCUGGAAUUGCUUUAGUAGUUACUGCCAUUCUGCCAAUAGUCUCAUGGUUUGCAACAUAUAGGUUCUCCCACUCUUCUGCUGUCUGUCUUGUGAUAUUCUCAGUUGUUCUCGUGGCAUUUGUUGGAGCAUCAUAUUCGGAGGUUGUGAAAUCUAGAGAGGAUCAGUUGCCCACAAAGGGCGAUUUUCUUGCGGCCUUGCUUCCACUUGCAUGCAUUCCGGCGCUACUUUCACUAUGCUGUGGGAUGGUUAAAUGGAAGGACGAUUGUUGGAUACUGUCUCGAGGUGUAUAUGUUUUUGUUUCUAUAGGUCUUCUUCUUCUUUUUGGUGCGAUAGCAGCUGUGAUUAUUGUAGUCAAGCCAUGGACGAUAGGCGUGUCUUUUCUCUUAGUUCUUCUCCUUAUAGUGGUAGCUAUUGGGGUUAUCCAUCUUUGGGCAUCAAACAAUUUCUAUUUAACCAGGAAACAGACAUCCUUUGUCUGCUUUCUUGCCUUUCUUUUGGGUUUGGCCGCAUUCCUUGUUGGAUGGUUUCAAGAUAAACCAUUUGCUGGAGCAUCUGUUGGUUAUUUUACAUUCCUGUUUUUGUUGGCUGGAAGAGCAUUAGCUGUUCUUCUAUCCCCUCCAAUUGUUGUAUAUUCUCCAAGGGUACUUCCAGUGUAUGUCUAUGAUGCUCAUGCGGAUUGUGGAAAAAAUGUCAGUGCUGCAUUUCUCGUCCUAUAUGGAAUUGCAUUGGCAACAGAAGGGUGGGGUGUUGUUGCUAGUCUGAUAAUAUAUCCUCCGUUUGCUGGUGCUGCUGUAUCUGCUAUCACCCUUGUAGUAGCCUUUGGGUUUGCGGUUUCUCGUCCGUGUUUGACUCUUGAGAUGAUGGAGGUUGCUGUACGUUUUCUUAGCAAGGAUACUGUGGUGCAAGCUAUCUCUCGAUCUGCCACUAAAACAAGGAAUGCUUUAUCCGGCACGUAUUCAGCUCCCCAAAGAUCCGCCAGCUCUGCAGCUCUUCUGGUUGGGGACCCCUCUGCUAUGCGUGAUAAAGCAGGGAACUUUGUGCUUCCUAGAGAUGAUGUCAUGAAAUUGAGGGAUCGUCUCAAGAAUGAAGAACGAGCUGCUGGAUCGUUCUUCUACAGAAUGAAAUGCAGAAAAAGAUUCCGUCAUGAACCAUCUACCAAUGUGGAUUACAGAAGAGACAUGUGUGCCCAUGCAAGGGUUUUGGCACUGGAAGAAGCAAUUGAUACAGAGUGGGUGUACAUGUGGGACAAGUUUGGUGGUUAUUUAUUACUAUUGUUAGGUUUGACAGCUAAGGCCGAGAAAGUUCAGGAUGAGGUACGCUUGCGACUCUUCUUAGAUAGCAUUGGGUUCGCUGACUUAAGUGCCAGGAAAAUCAGUAAAUGGAAGCCAGAGGACAGAAGACAAUUUGAAAUUAUCCAAGAGAGUUAUCUGAGAGAGAAAGAGAUGGAAGAGGAAAUCCUUAUGCAAAGACGUGAAGAAGAAGGGAGAGGUAAAGAAAGAAGGAAAGCUCUUUUGGAAAAGGAAGAGCGCAAAUGGAAGGAAAUUGAAGCUUCCCUUAUUCCAUCUAUUCCCAAUGCUGGUAGCAGAGAGGCAGCAGCCAUGGCAGCCGCUAUACGUGCUGUUGGGGGUGAUUCUGUCCUUGAGGAUUCCUUUGCAAGAGAGAGAGUCUCGGGUAUUGCACGUAGGAUACGCACUGCUCAACUAGACCGACGUGCACAACUGACUGGAAUUGCGGGGGCAGUUUGUGUUCUUGAUGAUGAACCAAUGAUAAGUGGUAGACACUGCGGCCAAAUGGACUCAAGUGUCUGUCAAAGUCAGAAGAUUAGCUUUUCCAUUACAGCAAUGAUCCAACCCGAUUCCGGACCUGUAUGUCUUUUUGGCACUGAAUAUCAAAAGAAAGUAUGUUGGGAGAUUCUUGUUGCUGGUUCUGAGCAAGGAAUUGAGGCUGGCCAAGUUGGGCUUAGGUUGAUCACGAAAGGUGAAAGGCAGACAACCGUUGCCAGAGAGUGGUACAUUGGUGCAACUAGCAUAACUGAUGGAAGGUGGCAUACAGUGACGAUCACCAUUGACGCUGAUGCGGGGGAGGCCACUUGUUACCUAGAUGGUGGGUUUGAUGGCUACCAGACUGGGUUACCUCUAAGUGUUGGUAGUGCCAUUUGGGAACAAGGCGCUGAAGUUUGGUUGGGUGUUAAGCCACCUAUAGAUGUCGAUGCAUUCGGCAGAUCAGAUAGUGACGGAGCUGAGUCAAAGAUGCAUAUAAUGGAUGUUUUCCUUUGGGGGAAAUGCUUAACUGAAGAUGAGGCCGCUUCUUUGCAUGCAGCCAUUGGAAUGGCUGACUUAGACAUGAUUGAUUUGUCUGAUGACAAUUGGCAGUGGACGGAUUCACCCCCCAGAGUCGAUGGUUGGGAUAGUGAUCCUGCCGAUGUUGAUCUCUAUGAUAGGGAUGAUGUUGAUUGGGAUGGACAAUACUCCAGCGGGAGGAAAAGAAGAUCAGGUCGUGAUUUUCUAUUAAGUGUCGAUUCUUUUGCUAGAAGAUACAGGAAACCUCGGGCGGAGACACAAGAAGAAAUAAAUCAAAGAAUGCGUUCGGUUGAGUUGGCUGUCAAGGAAGCUCUCUCUGCACGAGGCGAUAAACAAUUUACUGACCAGGAGUUUCCUCCAAAUGAUCGCUCUUUGUUUGUGGAUACACAAAACCCCCCUUCAAAAUUGCAGACUAAACCUUUUGAGCUUGUCACAAUUCAGGUUGUUUCUGAAUGGAUGAGACCUGAUUCCAUUGUGAAAGAGAACGGUAGUGAUUCCCAACCCUGCUUGUUCUCUGGGGCUGCAAAUCCAUCAGAUGUUUGCCAGGGGCGUUUGGGCGAUUGUUGGUUUUUAAGCGCUGUUGCAGUUCUGACAGAGGUUUCACGAAUAUCUGAAGUGAUCAUCACUCCUGAAUACAACGAGGAAGGAAUCUACACUGUUCGCUUUUGUAUUCAGGGUGAGUGGGUUCCCGUCGUUAUAGAUGACUGGAUUCCAUGUGAAUCACCUGGUAAACCAGCCUUUGCUACAAGCAAAAAACUCAACGAACUCUGGGUCUCCAUAGUGGAGAAAGCAUACGCCAAGCUCCAUGGUUCUUAUGAGGCACUCGAGGGGGGACUGGUUCAGGACGCUCUUGUUGACCUAACUGGAGGUGCUGGUGAGGAGAUUGACUUGAGGAGUGCUCAAGCACAGAUUGAUCUUGCAAGUGGCAGAUUAUGGUCUCAACUGUUACGCUUUAAACAAGAGGGUUUUUUACUUGGUGCUGGAAGUCCAUCAGGAUCUGAUGUUCAUGUAUCUUCCAGUGGCAUUGUGCAAGGGCAUGCUUACUCCGUUUUGCAGGUGAGAGAGGUCGAUGGGCACAGACUUGUUCAGAUCCGAAAUCCAUGGGCCAAUGAAGUUGAGUGGAAUGGUCCCUGGUCAGACUCUUCCCCAGAGUGGAGUGAUAGGAUGAAGCACAAGCUGAAGCAUGUUCCACAGUCAAACGAAGGUAUAUUCUGGAUGUCUUGGCAAGACUUCCAGAUUCAUUUCAGAUCGAUAUAUGUUUGUCGGGUAUAUCCUCGUGACAUGCGCUAUUCAGUCCAUGGCCAGUGGCGAAAUUAUAGUGCUGGUGGCUGCCAAGAUUAUAGCUCAUGGCAUCAAAAUCCUCAGUUCCGCCUGAGGGCUACUGGUUCUGAUGCAUCUUUGCCGAUUCAUGUUUUCAUCACCUUAACUCAGGCAUGUUUCUCAAGAACAACUCCUGGAUUCCGUAACUACCAAUCAAGCCAUGAUUCGCAGUUGUUCUAUAUUGGAAUGAGGAUUCUUAAAACUCGUGGGCGUCGUGCUGCUUACAACAUAUUUCUUCAUGAAUCUGUUGGUGGAACAGACUAUGUGAAUUCCCGUGAGAUAUCAUGCGAAAUGGUUCUUGAUCCUGAUCCUAAGGGUUAUACUAUUGUCCCGACCACUAUACACCCAGGGGAAGAAGCACCUUUUGUUCUUUCAGUCUUCACAAAAGCCUCCAUUGUCCUUGAAGCUUUGAACCAGACGGCUCAUGUCUCAAUGUUGAAGACUUGUUUGCCUGCAAGCAACGCAACAUUAGAGAAGCAUCUGUUCUUUAUAGCUGGCCAGUGUCUGAUGAACCUUAAGAGGUCUUGGAAUGAAAUGUUUUAGUAGUUUUCAUGAUCUGCGUCACGAAGCUAGCGGCUCAGAGGGGUAAAUUGCACUGGAGAAAGCACUUUGAAGACAGAUUCCGUCUGAAUCAUGGGUCACGCAUCAAAUGUACAUUUGUAGGUAUUGUGUGACAAGUACAGAUUUAUUAAAUGUAGAAUAACUACUUCGUAACUGAGAAAACAAGAAGGGAAAUAGGGGACUUGUGACUUGUUAGGUAAAGGUUUGGUAAUUGGUAGUGGUAGCUGCAGUUUUGGUUGGUGUGUUGUAAUAUUCAGACACUAAUCUGUGUGCAGAUUUCGUUUCCACUCUAAUAUAUGAAACUCUCUUUCUUGAUCUUUGUUGGAGUUUUCAUUGCACCCUUGCUCAUCCAUUUCUAAAUAGAGAUUCAAGAACCUCUUCUCAUCAUGCAGCUCUGUGUACAUAAAAUCUCAAAAUGCAGAACCAACAAUAAAAAAAAAUAGCUGAGAAAAGAGAUUUUGAUUAAGAAGACUAUAGCCUCGAAAGCAAAACAUCAGCAAAAAAAUACAGGUGCCUCAUAGUUUUGACCUGUAAAGAAGAGAGGCAUCUCGGUAAUGAAAAGAAACAAAACAGACUCUUGUGCGUUCCUUUCUAGCCUUCACCAAAAUCUUGAAUAUUUCUUAACUCUCUUUUGUUCGACCCUUCUUCACUCUGAAUCGCUUUCCAUGCUCCCCAUUGCCUUCAAUCCUCUUGAUACCUUCUUUGAAGUCUUCUUCUCUCUUACUUCAUACCUCUCUUUGCACAGAUCCGAUAACCAAGUACCUGGACUCACCAGAAGCAAUGUCUUUUGAACCAGUUUGGCUCGUUUCUUGGGUCUUUGAGGAAGCUUGCACCCUUUCAUAGUCAAGAAAUCUUCUUCCUUCUCUUUAUUUGACAAAGUUAAAAACAACUUUGGCCACACAUGCUUCUUUGUUUCCUUCACAGUCUCCUUUAUAAUUUUCCCACUCUCAUCUGUACCCAUCGAACCCCUCGUUGUGUAGUAUCUAUCUUCCUUCUCAGGGGAUGCCACAAACGAUCUCCGCACAUUACCUGGAGAAUCUAUGAUCCUAUCACCACAGAGACACAUAACAAUGCUUCAGAUCAGAAAAAAAAAGCUCUCGCGAAAGGAGUUUCCGCUUAGUCAAACAAUCAGUCGACUUGCCAUUUGCAAGGCUCUGAUCUUUCUUCACUUUCAUGCAUCGAACUCUUUUUCUCUCUCCCCAUUGCAGCACGAAAUCUGCCUCUGUGGUUCCACUUCCUCUUUGUCCCUUCACUUCUUCCAUUACACAAAUGCUUAACCUUACGAUCUGCAAUUUAAACUCAGCGGCUUUAGCUUCCAGAAUACUAGAAUCACCCUACAAAAAUCGAUUCUUCAAUUUUCUAUAAACCCAAAUCCACCCUUGUAUCUUCCCGGCAGACAAAUACAGAGACAAUAACUUACAGAAAUCCAACAAAGAAGAGCAAAAUGAUAAGAGAACACUUACAAGAGUGAAACUUCAUGAAAACUCAAUGAAAAUUUUUGGUAAAAUAGAGAGAGAAACAAAAAAAAAAGAGGGGAAGAAAUAAAGUUGUUCCUUUAUCUUCUCUCGGAAGAUACAGAUUGAUUCAAACUCCACCAAGAAAGUGUAAGGAUUUUCUGGGUUUUUUUUUUUAAUUGCUCAAAGAGACCAGAAGAUCGAACACUGUCUCUUUUUUUUCUGUGUGUGUGGGUUCUCUCUAGUUUUGAGCUAUCUAUCUUCUUUAAACACACACACAAGAAAUUAAACUGCUUACCCUCUCU